CAGAAUAUUACAUAUUAUGAUGUCAUUGGUCACUGUGUAAAUGGCGGAAUUAAGUGUUUACAGUAUUUUUGUUACUUAAGUUAAUUCCUUUCAAUUUCCCAGGAUGUUGUUCCAUUAAAAUAUUUCAAAAAAGGGUUGAAAAAACGGAAAAUUUCAUCAAUUUUGAUUCAUAGAAAUCAACUGUAUAAGUAUAAUCAAAUAACGGGAAUUUAAAUGUAAGUCGAAGAUAUAGGUUAGGAAAAGAUACUUCCAAAAAAUUCAAUUAAUCGUCAACCUACUGAAGGACCAGCACAACCAUGAUGCCAAUAGGAAGUGCUCCUCCAAUGCAUGGUACUGGCAAUUUAUCUCAGAGCAAUAAUAUACAAAGUGCCAGUUCUCUAACCCCUACAGGUGGAUCCAGUAAAUCAAGUAGUGUGAAACCAAACUACACCCUUAAAUUUACUUUAGCUGGACAUACAAAAGCAGUGUCAUCUGUGAAGUUCAGCCCAAAUGGAGAAUGGUUAGCAAGUUCUGCGGCUGAUAAGUUGAUAAAAAUUUGGGGAGCAUAUGAUGGUAAAUUCGAAAAAACAAUAUCUGGUCAUAAACUAGGGAUAAGUGAUGUAGCAUGGUCUAGUGACAGCAGGCUGUUGGUCUCUGGAAGUGAUGACAAAACUCUCAAGAUUUGGGAACUUUCAUCAGGAAAAUGCCUAAAAACUCUGAAAGGGCAUAGUAACUACGUAUUUUGUUGCAAUUUCAAUCCCCAAUCAAACCUUAUCGUAUCAGGAUCUUUUGAUGAGUCAGUCAGAAUAUGGGAUGUUAGAACAGGCAAAUGUUUAAAGACCCUACCUGCCCAUUCAGACCCCGUCAGCGCUGUCCACUUUAACAGAGAUGGAUCUCUUAUUGUGAGCAGCAGCUAUGAUGGUCUAUGUCGAAUUUGGGAUACAGCUUCGGGUCAGUGUCUGAAAACUCUAAUAGAUGAUGAUAAUCCUCCGGUAUCUUUCGUUAAGUUCUCUCCCAACGGAAAAUACAUUCUAGCCGCCACAUUGGAUAACACAUUGAAAUUGUGGGACUAUGCCAAAGGCAAAUGUCUGAAGACCUACUCCGGACACAAAAAUGAGAAAUAUUGCAUUUUCGCAAAUUUUUCAGUUACUGGUGGCAAGUGGAUAGUCAGCGGCUCAGAAGACAACAUGGUAUACAUAUGGAAUUUGCAAACAAAAGAAAUUGUUCAAAAACUCCAAGGACACACAGAUGUUGUCUUGUGUACUUCAUGCCAUCCAACAGAAAACAUUGUGGCUUCUGCUGCUUUGGAAAAUGACAAGACAAUCAAACUAUGGAAAAGCGAUAAUUAAAUUCAUUACAGUUCUUAUUUUUCAUAUUGUUUAUGUUAAUAUAAAUUCGAUUAUUUUUGUAGAUUUAUAAAACAGUUUGCAAACGAAGCUGCAUCCCGGUGUGGACAUUUUUAUUUAUAAUAAAAAAGUAUUACUUCCUAAUAAAUAAAGCUCAGUUUCUUGUUUC